CGAUUGCGAGUAAAAAUGCACGGAAGCAUCCAGCAGCAAUCGUGAACGGAGAUCCUCGUUAUUGCCUACAACAUACAUGUAUAAAGCAGGGUUAGAAAGUGACGUAAGCACGGAGAAACAAACAAUUUAUAGUGUAAUAUAUGUCGGCCGAGAGACUACGUAAGGUGACGUAAAUGUCAAAGGACUUCCGCGUGCGGUACGAUUUAUAAUCUAGCGGACGUCUCUCCUCCCCUCCCCCGCUAGAUCGUCGUGUCGAACCGGGAUGUUCUAAAGAUCGGGAACGGGAGUAUCGCGGCCGCGUGCCGUCUCGGAAAAUGUGUGAGGUAGCGAUGGAUGCGAACGGGAACGGCAAGCGCGAUCCUCUUCACGGGGGUUCCGUGUAUUCUCAUCGACGUGCGGCCAGCAACGACGAAAGCAACAGAACUACAGAUCUGGAAUUUAUUUAUGAUGACACUGAUAUACAUGCUAAUGAGAUUGCUGAAUUAUAUAGUUAUACAGAACAGUAUGAAUUACAACUUAAUCUUAAGGCUUUUGAAGAUCAGAUGGAAUGGUAUAAGUUACGACCAUGGUGGCAAAACUUGACAAGAUCGCAGCAAAAAUCGAUUAUCUAUAAAUUGCUGGAUCAAUUGGAAGUUUCUAAUAAACAGCUCAGAAUGAAAGCAGCACGCUGCAUCCUUUAUUUAGCUCAGGGUUGUUGGGCUGAGGUACAGUCUGACAAAGAACAACAAGACUGGACUAGGACAAAUGUAAUGUUACUCUAUGAAGUUGGCAUUUUUCCAGCAUUUGUUGAACUACUAAAUAUUGAGAUUGAGAAUAGCACAACUGCUACCUCAGCAAUGAGAAAGCUAGCUGUUAGUCUUGCUGAUUCGAUAGAUCUAAGAGUCAUUUUGUCCGUUUUGUAUAUUAUAACAGAAGCUAUGAGAGAGGAAUUAAGAAAUAUUGAGCACAGCGAGUAUAAAGAAAAUGUUGAAGGUUUCAAAGAAGAUCUUGUAAAUCCAUAUGGAGAAGAAUUGCUAAUUGUUAAACUUCUCGGUAUGGUGACGUGCUUCUGUAGUGGCUCGGCACCACAUUUUCCUAUGAAAAAAGUUCUCUUGCUUUUAUGGAAGCUAAUCUUGGUCUCUCUCGGUGGUAUCGACUCACUUAGAGAGUUGAAGAAACAGUAUCGCGAGGAAGCUGGCCUCGAUACACAACAGGAAGACACUAUCGAAGUUGCCAGAACAAUGAGAGCAAGUUCUCCACCUAUGAGUGCAGCAGAUUUGUUAGAAACGCAAAAUCAGAAAAGGAACAAUCGACCUUUUCGACGGAACUUUCUAAUGAAACAAAGCUCAUUAGAUGAUCCAGGCUUAGGUAUGGAAUAUGAAGGAGGGGAACCUCCAAAUAAUACUACAACAAAUGAAGGUGAUGGUGAAGUUAUUGUAUUUCUGGGUCCUGGUGGACCUGGUGGCUGCUGGAAUCAAACAUAUUAUGAAGAUCAGAAUAAUCAAACACAAUUAAGGCCAGGUACUCCACAGCUUAUAAAAGGAAAAGGUUUACCAUGGACACCGAAAGUAAGACAAAAAGAUGUAGACAGCUUCCUUGAAGUUGCCAGACUAAAAUUUGUUGGUUAUAAAUUACAAGGAGACAGGGAAAGUUUAGCGGGUUUGCCACAACCAAUUCAUGAAGGUGUUAUUACCCUUAAAAAGCAUAUGUACACAUCUCUAGCUGAAAUUCAGAUACGGAAGGAAGAAGAGAUAGCAAGAAAUCCUAUGAGUACUUCAGAACCACCUUUACGUCUAACGCCAACAGAAAUUCUUUAUCAAGCUAUAUUACCUAACUUACCACAAUAUAUGAUUGCGUUAUUAAAAAUAUUACUUGCUGCUGCACCAACUAGCAAAGCUAAAACAGACAGCAUUAAUAUUUUGGCUGAUGUAUUACCAGAAGAAAUGCCAAUGACGGUAUUACAAUCAAUGAAAUUAGGAAUCGAUGUUAACCGACAUAAAGAGAUAAUUGUUAAAGCUGUUUCUGCAAUUUUACUACUGUUGCUCAAACAUUUCAAACUGAAUCACAUAUACCAAUUUGAAUUUAUGUCACAGCAUUUAGUAUUUGCAAAUUGUAUACCUCUUGUAUUAAAGUUUCUAAAUCAGAACAUUAUAGCUUAUAUUGAAGCAAAGAACACUAUUCCUAUUCUGGAUUUCCCCAUGUGUGUCAUUGGUGAUCAACCAGAAUUAACUACUGAAAGUCUCGAAAUCGGCCAUAGUCAAUCUUUUUCAUGGAGAAAUGUUUUCUCUUGUAUCAAUUUACUAAGAAUUUUGAACAAAUUAACUAAAUGGAAACAUAGCAGGAUAAUGAUGUUAGUCGUUUUUAAAUCAGCACCUAUUUUAAAACGCACAUUGAAAGUUAGACAUGCAAUGAUGCAAUUAUAUGUUUUAAAGUUAUUGAAAAUGCAAACGAAAUAUCUCGGUCGACAGUGGAGAAAAACAAAUAUGAAGACAAUUAGUGUUAUUUAUGCAAAAGUUCGACAUCGCUUAAACGACGAUUGGGCAUACGGCAAUGAUUUAGAAGCGCGACCAUGGGAUUUUCAAGUUGAAGAGUGCGAGUUACGUACAUGUGUGGAUCAGUUCAAUAAUAGAAGAUACUCAAAUACCUUGAGAGAUGAAGAAAUGGAACCAAUUGAUGCAUCUGUAACGUCAGUACUCGGUGGUACAAAUGUGGAAUUGACUGAAGAAUUUAAACAACAUUAUGAGUUAUGGUUGCAACAGGAAGUAUUUCAGAGGAGUAUCAAUUGGGAUGAAUUAUUGGAUCCUGCGGCAUGUGAAAUUUAA